AUGCACAGAACUGGGGUGUGCACCUACCCAAACGGCAGCCGCUAUGAGGGCGACUGGGAAGAGGAUCAGCGCUCGGGCUGGGGCCGGCUGGACGCGGCAGACGGGCAGUCGUACGAGGGCGAGUGGCGGGGCGACAAGAUGCACGGCCAGGGCAAGUGGUGCUUUGCGGGCGACAAGGGCUACUAUAUCGGGGCUUACGAGGCCGGGCAGCGCACUCGCGGGCGGCUGGUGCGGGGGCAAGAUCAUGAGUACGAGUACGACGGAGAAGGCCCAUUCGAGCACGACAUGCGCCACGGCAGUGACGGCGAGUGCAGCUACGCCGGCGGCGGCCGCUACGUGGGCGACUGGCGCGCCGACGCGAGGCACGGGCGGGGGAGGAUGGAGCUGUCAGAUGGUACCACCUACGAGGGGGAGUGGCGCGGCGACAAGCGGCACGGGCAGGGGGCCUGCCGCUACUCCAACGGCGACCGCUAUGCUGGCUCCUGGGCCGAAGGCGUCCGCGCCGGCCAGGGGCGCUGCGCGUUUGCCAACGGCGACAAAUAUGCUGGGGCCUGGGCGGGCGACACGAUGGAGGGGAUCGGGACGAUGGCUUACGCCGACGGCGGCAGGUACCACGGAGAUUGGAAGGCGGGGAGGCGCCACGGCGUCGGGCUGAUGGUGUUUGCGGACGGCGCAAGCUUCCGCGGCCGCUGGGAGGAGGGGACGUGGCUCCAGAGCGCCGCGGAUCCGGCACGCUGCCGGCUACGGGGGCGCGGGCUGGCGCGGGCGGUGGCAGGGGAGGAGGCGGGUUUCAGGCUCCAGGCCCGCGACGAGGACGACAACCCGCGGCUGAGCGGCGGCGACGCCUUCGUGGUUACGCUCCUCAGGGAGACCCCCCAAGCCGCCCCAGACGCCGCCAUGAUCACAUCCGCUGCCAGCGCCGCGCUGCAAGCGCCGCCUGGGGCUGAGGGCGGCGGGGCCGGCGACGAGGGGGCCGGCGGGGACGGGGAGCAGCCUGCGGGCGCGAAGGCCGGGCGGCUGGAAGUCGUGGGGGCGGGCCGCGUGCGCGACUGCGGCGACGGGCGGUACGAGGUGGCGUACCGCUUGGAGGGCGCGGGGCGGUACUUGCUGGCGGUGACCGACGGCGAUGGGGCGCACGUCGCAGACUCACCGUACCCCCUGCGGGUGCUGCCCGGCCCCCCCUGCGCCGCCCGCUGCACCGCCGAGGGCGCCGGCCGCCGCGCGGCGGCCGCUGGCGAGCGGGCAACGUUCUCUGUCGUCGCGCGAGACGCGUUCGGAAACGCCUGCGACGGGCUGAGCGCGGCGGCGCUCGCCGCGGCGCUGCCGCUGAGCAUGCAGCUCGUCGCGGGCGGCGGCGGCGCGGGGGCGGUGACGGCGGUCGAGAGCGCGCCAGGGGAUGGUGGGCGGUGGCAGUGCGCGUUCACAGCGGAGCGCGCGGGACUAUAUGUAUUGGAGGUGAUGGCACUCGCGGCAACAGGGCCGGCGGCACCCAUCACCGCCCCCGCGGGCGAGCGGCCUGGUGGCAGUGACGGCGGCGGCGCCGGGCCCGGCGGCGCCUGGCGCCACGUGCGCGGCAGCCCGUUCGGCGUGCGGGUGUCGGACGCGUGCGCGGGUGGGGCGGAGGCGCGGGCGAGCGCGAAGCAGGGCGCUGGGGUUCGGGACGUGGUGGGUUGGUGGGGCGAGGUGGCGGCGCGGGAGUAUGGCGCGGGCGAUGGCGACAUGACAGGGUUCGACAACACUGGCAGCGGAGCGGACCCGUCUGCUGCCGACUCAGCACCAGAGGCUGCAUUUGUGGCGGCCAACCCCAGCGUCGCGGUGGUGGAGCGAUUGGAGGACCUUUGGCUUCUCAGCAAGCUGCAACGGGAGCGCAAGCUGCAACAGCGCCCCGGCGGCAAUCCCCAACAGCAGCAGCAGCAGCAGCCUGUCGUGGCCCCCGCGCCGCCGGGAUCCGGCGUCUCCCCUCCCCGGCGGGCACCUUCACCCGCGGCAGCCACAGCAGUGCGCGUCGCUGAAGCGGCAGUCGCGCCGCUUCGGGAUUUGCAAGUGGAGUUCAUGGGCGUCCUCAAUGGAAUGCAGACAGUCAGGGGUGUGAUCGAGGUCGACGCGCACCCAGACCUCGUUUACAAGAUCCUGACAGAUUAUGACCGAUGCAGCGAGGUGUUUGAGAACAUCAGUGCCUCUUCUACCAUAGAGGAGGACGGGGCCAAGCAGGUCAUACAGGUGCACGGGGCACGGGCGUGCAGCUGGCGGUUCCUCGCCUUCGCCGGCAGCUUCAAUGUCCACCUCAGCGUGUCCGAGGAUGCCGCGGCGCGCUCGCUCGUCUUCCGCCUCGUGCGCUCGAGCUUCAUGCGCGAUUUCGAGGGCCGCUGGCAGGUCUCGCCGUGCGGGGGCGGCGGCGGCGGCGCGCGGGUGGAGCACGUGCUGGCUGUCAAGCCAACGAUGCCCAUCCCUGCGGCGAUUUCGCAGUACACCCAGGGGAUAUUUACGCGGCAGGUUUCAAAUAUCCUGCGGGACCUGGAACGGGAGAUCAUCAAGCAGGCUGCGGCGUCGAACUGA